CGCGCGCGGCCGAGUGAUGCGGCCGAGCCUGCUUAUCCUGCUCGCAUCAGCCGCCGUUCCGCGAUCCUUGGGGCAGAGCCUCUCGCUCCGCGCCGCGGCGGCCGCGCAGCGGCACGCGCGGCACCAGCCCGGCGGCGGCCACCCGCCGGACGAGCGUGUGACGGCGGUGCUCAACACGUUCAAGCGGCCCGAUAUGCUGCGGCGUGCGGUGGAGCACUACACCCAGUGCGACGUGGUCGACGCCGUGCGCGUGGUGUGGACCGAGGGAGGGACGCCGCCGGCCACCGACGGGUGGCGCAUUGGCGGAGCUGCCGGCGUCGAUGGCGCGCCGCGGGUGCAGUUUGACGUGCUGCCGGACUCGCUCAACAGCCGCUUCACGCCGCUGCCCGCGCUCCGCACGCGCGCCAUCUUCGCCGUCGACGACGACGUCGAGGCUUCGUGCGACGACCUCGCGCUGGCGCUCGAGGCGUGGAGGAACGCGGAGCGCACCCUCGUCGGCUUCUACCCGCGGCUGCACGUCUGGCGGCGCGGGCGGCUGCAGUACCACAGCUGGUGGUACGUCUGGUGGCACGGCGAGUACUCGAUCGUGCUGACGAAGGCGGCCCUUCUGCACAAGGACUAUCUCGAGGCGUACACGCGCCAGAUGCCGCAGCCGGUCCGCGACUACGUCGACCGGCACAUGAACUGCGAGGACGUGGCGAUGCAGUUCCUCGUCGCCAACGUCUCUGGCCGCCCCCCCCUCUUCGUCCGCUCCUCCCUCGGCGACCUCGGCGUCGUCGGCGGCAUCUCCACGCGCGGCGGCCACAUGGUGGAGCGCUCCGACUGCCUCAACGACAUCCACGCGCUGUUUGCGGGAAGCGACGCGGCCGUCGUCACCGCGCGGGCAAAGCGCGAGGUCCCCCUCGUGGCCAGCCACCUCGUGGUCGGGCGAGCGGGCUCGUGGCUCUCGAACCAGCCGGCGACCUGGUACGAGUUCCUCGCCUCCGACCUGCCCAUCCCGAUCCCCGCCCAGAUCGUCCUCGCGCUCCUGCUGGCCGCGGCGCUACUCCGCCUCGUCUACGAGUGCUGCUGCGGCUCGCUGCGGCUCGGCCCGCCGCGCAAGGCCUCCUCCUCCGCCGCUGCUUCCUGGAUGCCCGUGCGGCAGAGCUCGCCUGAGGAGUGGUGCUCGGAUCCGGCCUCGCUCCUCCCCGCCAGCGGCGCCGUCCGACUGCACGUGAGCUGACACGCAGCGGCUCCUUAUCUUUCCGGGUUCGGGCGCGGGUUCAUAGUGGUUCUCACAUCUCAGCUGGGGGCGUGACCUUGUGUGUGUGUGUGCGUCGACUUCAAGUUGCGAGUUGCGUCGAAUGACUAUAUACCACGUAACAUUGC